CCCGGAACUCUCAUUGCUUUCGCCCUCUAUGACUCCCGUGGGCUAAUUUGCGCAGCUCUCACGGCCACCAUUGCCCGACGCCCUUUUUGCCCUUUGUCUCAGCUCACUUGGUCCUCCAGAUGCCUGCGGCCUCAAGGCACCUAGGCAUUGUCAUUCUCUUCCAGCUAUAGCUCAGCCAUGCGUCCUUCACUCCUCAGGCUGCUUCUCCUUUCGUUGAUAUUUAAGCAAUCACCCUGAUAAUCACUGCAUUAUCAUCUCAACCACUCCGUCAAUCACCCCUUUCAAUCACUGUCCUCACUUCCACUCCACGACACACCACCGAUCCAAUGGCGGUACAAUCCAAACUUGAAGGCCCGACAAUGCGCGGCCCUAGUACUUACUAUUACUGCUGCCAGUGUGGAGACGGCCCACAAAACAUCACCAUACAACCCUCUUGUAUCAACUGUGGCCAUAAAGGGUGCGAUGGAUGCAGUUCAGAUAGCAAGGAGUGUGUUGACUUUGACGACGAUCCUCGCCUACCAGGUUCCACGCCUGUCAUGUCUUUCGUCGGCAAAGUUCUAGUCAGCGCUUCUGACUCCUAUGGUCACAAUUUGGCCCCGAUGCCGUCGCCUAGGCCUACUAUACCCACCAUUGACACCGUAUCCAACGAAAUCCGCGCCCAUCACCACAAUCUAUUCGAUCAUCAGUCGUUUUCUACCGCACAUCUCCCUGUGCACCACACUCAUGGCAACGACUCAAUCCCUUGCGGAGACCCGACUGAUGGUGGUAAGGGCUGGGUCUGGUACUGCUGCAAAUGUGGCGAUGGCGGUCUGGGACCUAUGACGGUGGGAUGCCCAAUGUGUGGGGAAGUGAAGUGCAAAGACUGCAAGAUCGAGUAUGUUUAGUGAUUGAGGAGGUCCGCAUUUGUCACAAUCAAAUUGCUGUAGCGUUUCUUUUCGGCGAAUUGUAGGCACAAUUGCAAGCGCUUUUGAAGGUCUUUUGAGCAUCCUUGAGAGGAGCAUCUGUUCUGUGCCUGUAAAUGGGUGGCUACAGAAUCUCCGGUGUUUAUGCACAUCCUACCGCGCAGAGUUCUCUUUAUCCGGACCUGGGUUUUCUUUAAGUUCCUAUUUGUUUUGAGCUAUCGUUGAUUUGUCGAGCAUGUUGGGAAUCUCUUUGGCGUUUCAGCAAGCAAGCAUCCUGGUGGCGCCCUUAUCUCUUUAAGAUUCACUUCCCUCGCGAGGCUGGAUACCUGGCAUGAAUUAUACCUGAUUGACA